AUGGAUUUAAUCACCUGCAGUACUGGCAGUACCGAACGGGGAGCCUACGGCCAAUAUUACCCAGACUACUCAGAUGCUAGCAGGUGUGGUAACAACCAGCCCAAUCCAAAUCUGGCUCACAUACACUAUGACCGUGUAGAUGCCACAGGAGUCAACUUCAAUGUGAUCGGUGGCUUACGGGCUGAGCAUCUGCGGACAGAUGUUGUGAAUAAAUGA